UCACUUGGACUCAUUAGCACAUACUUCUAUUCCCUCUCUAUCUCUCUUUCUCUCUCUCUCAUAUACACACACGCACACACACAGAGACUUUUAUAACAGCACUACCUACCUAUUCACACACAAUACGGAUCAUAACCUCAUCGAUACAGCUCUCCACGCAUUAGUAACCUCUUUGUUUAAAGCCUUCUAAGCUGUGUACUGGAGACACCGUGAAAAAACCAAAGCAGCGUGGCUGGGCAACCGGCACGAGGACUGGGAUGAGAUGGAGCAUCACAGUUUCAGGAGACCGUAGAGUACGGUCGGCAGAACAAUCUUCAGAGGUCAUGUUAGGGUCGUAGCAACUGGAACGAUGAACGGAUGUUACAGUCAAAAGAGUGAAUAGGGCUGCCACUCUCCUCAACACAGACGGGCAAUGAGACUGAGAAGGGGGCUUUUCCACAGCCUGUUCCUGCUGUCCCUCAACACCCUUACAAACUAUGCCUGGCAGCUGCCUUCACCGCAGGGAGUUUCUAUGGAGUCCAUAAACAUGAGGCACUUGCUUAAAUGGCACCAUCAUCAGUGUCCUUUCAGGACGCCUGUCUACUCUGUGCAGUUCCAGGGAGAGUUUGAGCUGAGGUUUUUGAAUGGCACCUGGGAGGAUGUGGUUGGGUGUAAGCAGAUCAACCAGACCACAUGUGACCUGACCGUUGAGUUGGGUUCUGACUCCGACUACAACAUCCGUGUGCGGGCGGAAUGUGGCAGCCAUGUAUCAACAUGGGCGGAGCUUGGGAGGCCCUUCAACAGGAAAGAAACCAACUUAACCGUGCCUGCUAUGAUCGUGACCACCAUGGGUGAUGCCCUUCAGGUGAUGUUCAAAGACCUUCCCCUGACCGUAGCCAUGAAGGUAACCAUCUGGAAGAAAGGCGAGGAGCUCAAGGCCUCUACAUACGUCAUCUCAGGGCAACAGAACCCACUGCAGGUCAGCCCCCUGCAGGAAGGAGCGGUGUACUGCAUCAGAGCCCAGGCCCAUCUGGACAACAAGAGCAGCAACACGGACUCUCAGUGUGUCUCCAUCACUGGCCCUGGAACCACGUGGCUGAAGCCCACUGCCGUGACUGUCGCCGUGGUGAUAAUGGUAGGCCUGGUGUUGGUUUUGUCUUGGUCUCUGACCACCUGUAGCCCUGAGUCAUGCCACGGCUGUUUGAGCAAGGAGCAACUCCCAACUGCACUGGUGAGUAUUGGUCCUGCGCUGACUGAACGUGAUGCGCCGUUGAGUCGAGUAUGUUGUGUCAAUGUUGAGAGGAGACAUUGGUGUUUUGAGUGUGGAACAGUAUGCGGUAGUAUGUUCUCUCCUUUUCUUUGCCAUCUCUCUUCUAGUGGUUUGAUUGGCCAAUCGAAAGACUCGAGCUGUAUCCUGAAAAGGAGUGUUGCGAGCCUCUCCAGUCCGUCCUGCUGAUUGGCCCAUCCAGCUUUAGAAUGGAGCAGACAAAUGAGAAAACGGUGGAUUGACAUGUUUCAUUGAAAGGGACACUGAAGAAUAUAUUUUGUAAUUUUUAUCUACGUGGCUGGCUUGUGAGGACCACCUUAUAGAAAAACACUGAAUUUACCCUCUUGACAAUGGAGGCAGGUGUUCAAGUUGGCUGUAAUAUGACUAAUGGACUCUCAUUGCAGUCAUAGGUUGGAAUGAGAUUCUUAGGAAAGAUUAUUUUACAUUUUGGGAGACCAUUUCUAUGGCAGAAGCUGAGGAACAAAUGCUUAAAGCCUAUGGACUAAGAGACAAGACAGCCUUGAACCCUAGCAGUGUCGGCUCAGGGACACUUAAUGCAUACACCGACAGAGAAAACAGUGUUUAUAUAAAGUGAUUACGAGAUGUCAGUGAGUCCCAAAGCUCCUUAGAGAGGGUAGAAUGUAAUGCCCUCUUGUGUACUCUGGUGUAAGCAGACAACUCAAUUCACUGAUUACUUUCCAUAGCUUCAAGUGUCGGUCGAUGUAAACCAAUUAUAUGGUUAAUGAUCAGAGAUGCUAUUGGAGCGCUUUUGUUCAGGAGGUGAGCUGGACAUUAUAUUUAAACGUUAGUAAUCUAGCAGACAGUCUCAUUCAGAAUGAGUUUCAUUUAAGGCUUUCAUCUCAAGACACCGUAGCUUGGUCAGACACAACUACACCACCUGAUCAUUUUAAGUACAAUUCACCCACUGAAGUAGCAUUCCUCUAAGUUAGUGCACAUUUGUUCAUGAAGGAAAUGGGGCAGGGAAUAGUGUAAAAACAAGCAGUUUUGUAGUUUUGAACAAGAUUCCUUGAUGUUAGGAUGUUAACCAUCUGGUUAACUGAAGACAACAACUCACCUUUAAUAAUAAUUAUGGUUUACCUAAUAUUUCAUGUUAAAGGAUGUAUGUCCUACUUCAUAAGGUUGAUUAGCCUUUUCCAGGCAAUCACAAAUGAAAAUACAAACCUCCAAAUAAUUCUCUCAGAUUACUGAAUUAUAAAAAGUACAUGGAAAUGUCUAACUAAAUUUAAAUUUUUGGGAUUUAAUAUGUGAGCAAGCACAAAGCUGGCAUUUACCAAUCUCAAUUAUGGCCUACUCUUCUUGGCAGCAACAUGUUUCAGUUUUGUUUUUUACUUCCAAACAUGUCCCAACAUCAAACCAAUGUCAUCAUACAAUAAUUCAUUGAGCAUUUUAAAGAAAUAUAUCAUACAAUGUGAUUUCAAUUUGCCACUUGUAAUUCAGCAAUAUUAACUUCUAAAAUGUCUUUCUGUGAAAACAGAAAAUGGUGUAAUUAGUGUCAUUAGCUUCAGUGCCUUUGGAAAGUAUUCAGAUCCCUUUGCUUUCACAUUUUAUUGGGAUAUUGACAAUUAUUGUGGAAUGUUUUCUGGCCAUUAAUCUACAUAAUACCCCAAAUGACUAAAUGAAAACAAGUAUUCUGAAAUGUGUGCUAAAGUAUUUAAAACGGACAGUAUUCAGAUCCUUUGCCCUAACAAUGCAAAUUGGGCUCAGAUGCAUCCUGUGUCGUUUGAUCAUCCUUGAGCACAAAUUCCCAGGAGCACAGUGGGAUCAUUGUAAAAUAAAAGUUUGGAACCACAAAGACUCCUCUUUGAAGCACCUUAUCAGUGAAGGCAUAUGACAUGCCACCAUGCCCAGUUUAACAAAAGGCAAUUACGGUUCAUUGUCUGGCAGUAAGUCUCUACGGGGAAGCAUGUUGGUGGGAGCAUCAAGCUAUGGGGACUCUUCUCAGCGGCAGGGACUGGGAGACGCCAGGAUCGAAAGGAAAAAUUAAAAAAAGCUAAAUAGAUAAGUCCUUGAAGAAACACUGAUCCAGAGUUCAGAGGACCUGAAGAUUCAUCUUUCUCUGCCACAACCUAAAGCACACAGGCAAGACAACACUGUAGUGGCUUCAGUCAGUUAGCGGC